GAGGACAUGUGCUCAUCGGUGAACUGGCGGACCGGACCGGGGUAUCCACCCGCGCGCUGCGACACUACGAGGAACGCGGCCUGCUGGUCCCGCACCGCGACACCAACGACUACCGGAUCUACGCAGAGCAGGAUGUUGUCCGGGUGGCGCAGAUCCAGACCAUGAUCGCUGCCGGCCUGGGAACUGAUCCGAUCCGCCGCUACAUCGACUGCGCCCGCACCGGUAACCACGGCCUGUCGCUGGAGAUGUGCCCGGAUCUCCGGGCCGAACUCGAUGCCCUGGCCGCACAUCUGACGAUGCAGCAGAACACACUCGAGCAGAAACGCGAGCGCCUGUGCGCUCUCUCCGCCGACCAUGACGACUCCUGA